AUGAGUGUGACGCUUGCCAAGAAUUGCACUUUUAUCAAGAGACCAGAAGAGCUUUCGAGCCUUCUCUCGGAAGACUCUGUGGUCAACAAAGAAAUACAGUUUCUAUCUGUAUUAACGGACAUCGAUUUCGAUUCACAGACCAAAUGCCAUUUGUACUUCAAAAACUUCCAAGACGGUGACGGGGAAGAACCUGAGUACACUUGCCGAAUAAUAUGCAAUACCACUGCGACCUUGAACCUUACUCGAAUGACGCUUUCUCUGUUUUCCCAACAUUUCGAUCUUGAAUUCCCAGAGACAGAAGACGAAAAGACGCAUUUCAGUCUUGAAAAUAUACACUUAGAUAAAUUGUGCUUCGUACUCUGUAAGGGAGCUUUGGUGGGCCGUGGUGGUAGCUAUGGUAUUUUUUUGCAAGGACUGCGUCCUAUCGAUCUUAACGCUACACUUUUCGCUGCUGGGAAAAAUGAUUUAGGCGAAGCCGUACACGAAAGCGCCAAGACAAUCUUUGAUAACUUGGUGAAUCUCAACCGCAAUUCGAAGGCUCAAUUUAAGUUUGUGAAGUUGUCAAAUCUAACUAAUGAGAUGUUGCAGUAUUUUCAACUCCGCGAUGAAACCAUACAAUCCAUGAAAGCGAAAAAUCCUAUAUUUGGGGCUGCAAGAUUCAACAUUGACCACGACUCCGUGAACGACUUCGACUCUCAAAUUGCAGAUACCGACUUCGAUUCCAACCCAAUUGCAUACCUGAGCCAACCGAACAAUGCAAUUUUUACUAAUGUAACACAGGGCGAUUCUUUGACGAAUGACAAAAUUGAAAACUCAACAAGUUCACAGCUUGAUUCCACAAUUUCCAGCAGCAUUGUGACGGCAGAUGGUGGAAUGAACCCGAGGUCGCAGAGGCUCACAAGCUCGCCGGAAGUUGGUCAAUCGCGAGCCUUAGAAGCUGGGCGUGGAAACGUACAAGUCGUUGAUAGCGCUCAUACAGUAACGAGAACUCAAUAUCAAAAACAGGCCCCUGCUUGGGAGUCUGGCGGAUCGGCAAGCUCACAAUCACAAUCUUACGACGGUCUAGAAGUCCAACACUCACUUAAAAGACAGCGAGUUUCGGGUUCUCUGGAUCAGAACAUCAAAAGCAUGGUUUCUGCGAUUACCGCUGCUUCUACGGAUGAUGUGUUGAAGCUUUGUGUUAAGGUAGCGGGUAUGCGCGUCAAUCAGGGCGUGCCGGGUCCAAGCGUGGUACUUUUCUGCCAGCCUGGUAACCAAGAACUGACUGUAGGGUCCGAACUUCUGUGCGUCAGUGUCAAUUGCUUGGAGAUUGAAGCCAACUCGGUCGAUAAUAUCAAAUGCGGAUCGCAGAUCCUCGAAGCUGCAAGCUCCGAGGCCCUGUUGGAAGGGCUCAGACUAUAUUGCAAAGAAGACAAACUAACAGUCACGGUUAGGAAGGUCCCGGUGUUGCUCGGAAACGGUCAUUUCACAUUUACACUGGCAUUAAGGUCCGUGCAGUGCGACGAGAGAGAUCGUAAAGGUGUGACUUCUACUCCGCCCACACUAGUUGCGAGCCAAGGGGUUGUAUCCAGCAACCAGUCUUUUGAAUCGUCACAGGGGCUCAGGGAUCCGCUCAAGACGUUUUCAGCCAUCUCGGUGGCCCCGAAUCAAGUUGAAUUUGUGAGGACUUUUGCCUUGCUUGUUAGCGCCAAGACAUUUGGCAGCAAGAUCACCAAGUUUGCAUUCACGGACUUCACAUCACACCCAAACAAUACGCUUUCUGCAGCCGAUGCCUUCCUGGGGACUUACACAGACCGUUUGCCGCAGAACAAAGUAUUCCCGUUUGUAAUCUACAACGACCAUUUGGCUGAAUUUGACCGCUACGUUAGGGAAAAAAUGGGACUUGCCUACAGGGAUCUCUUCAAUGUCUACGAUACCAAUUUGACGCACCAGGGCAUAGUGUGUCGGCUGGAACUAAAAGUUAAGCUAUACAAUGGCGGGGUUGACGGCAUCGUCCGCACGUGUGAGCCUAUCUUGGCUCAUGACGCGAGUCUCAGGCCCGACGAGAAACAGUUUUUGCGUUCAUUUUACGCUAGGGGCAUUGCACAUAUCCCACAGUCGCUGCUGGUGAACAAAUUCGACAAUUAUGCUGUCUUCUUUUCUAUAACCAAGUUCAACGGUCUGGUCGUUGUCGACGAUCGACAACAAGCUGGUGCUGUUGUUAAUGUGUCCGAGGAUGUCGAGUCAUCGCUGCAAGCUCCGGUAUGGGAGCCACCCAAUUUGAGCGUUGUCACGACCAAUUUGCAGGUCACGAAAGACUUGGAACUGCCGGUGCUGGCCACAAUGCGGGGCGAUGACAGCGGCAGCGACGGCAGCGUCACUGCGAUUUUCCAAGUGCAGGCCAAGGUCGUGCAUGUUUUCCAGGGCCCCGAAUCUUUGGUGCUGUAUCUGACCAACGAGUACUACACACAGGACAUGUUGGACCCACACCGCUUGUUGCGUGUGGAAAUUCCUGGUGCCCGCAACAUUGCGAGUUUCUACGGUGGUGCCAGAUCUCGUCUAAGCGAAACGGAGCUUUUGCGUCUUCUAGCAGAAGACGGCGAGCGACUCACCUUCCGUCUGUCACCUUUCAGCGUUCCAGUGAGUUCUUCCAGAAACCUACGCAUAUGGUGCCCUAUAGAGUUUUCAAUAUACGAAAUUGAGGCAGAACUUGAUGCUCUCAGGGCCAACGUACGUGUCAAGCAGGAGAAAUCGAUCACAGACCAUUAG